AUGGGUAUUGGCUUAUCUCGGCGAGAUAAUGUCUUUGAUUCUAAAUCAUCGAUCACUGUCCAUGGUCGUGAGUAUCAUAUAUUAGAUGCAAUUGGUCAAGGUGGCGAAGCAACUGUAUAUCGAUGCCAAGAUAAAAAAGGUUCGCAACAUGCUGUUAAAAUGUUUUGUUUUUCACGGUAUCCACAAGUUCAAAUACGUCAACGAGUUGAUGGAUUUAUGAAAGAGGCACGUAUUUUGCAAUAUUUAAGUGGACGUUCACCACAUUUUGUUGAUUUCGUUGAUUUUGAAUAUCGACCUAAAGAAAAUAUUGGCUAUAUGAUUAUGGAAUUGGGUCGAGGAAAUUUAAGACAAUUUUUGCAAGGAAUGCCAUUAAAUGAACCACUUCGACGAAUGAUUUGGCAACAGAUUGUCAACAUUUUGGUGGCUCUUCAAAGUGCUAGAAUUGUACAUGCUGAUAUCAAACCUGAAAAUUUAAUUCUAGUAGAUAAUACUCUCAAAAUAACUGAUCUAAGUCUUGCUUUUCCAUCAACUGCAAUGGGACAAGCUUUUCGACAGCCAAUGAUUCGUGGCACUCUAGAUUACAUGGCACCUGAAGUUUUUUUGCAUGAAACAAGCUUAGAAUCGGAUAUAUGGUCAGCAGGUGUUAUUCUCUAUGAAAUGACUUAUGGACGUCCUCCAUAUUUUGGUAUUUUUGAUCGGCAUCAAAAAAUGGACGCCAUUGCAAGAAUGACACCUAUAUCAUAUCCUCCAUUGAACGAUCAUUAUUUAUUUGAUUUGAUACAGCAAUGUCUUACUUUGGAUGCUACAUUAGGUGUUUAUUUAUCAAUGACAGACGGACUUCAUUAUCCUCGUUUAGCUGUAUUUGCAUCAAUAAUAACAAGUUUACUUGGUACAGAUACAUCGAUUAUGCUUUUACUUAGUUUAAUGAGUUUGUUUAGACAAUCACAACCUAUUUUUGAGUGUUAA